UUUGCAGAUGUUGUAACUGGAACCAACGUGAUAAGUAAUGGCAAAGGCGAGAAGCACGAAAUCAAGUGCAUUCUAAUACAUCCAGGCUACACUGGUGAACAAAAGGAUUCCUGGAAAGAUGAUGUCGCUGUGAUCAUCCUGAAAAAGCCGAUCGUAUUUAACAAUUUGCAAAGACCAAUUCGUUUAGCAAGUAGAAACUAUACUACCGGCGGUUAUCGCGGUAUCGUAAGCGGAUGGGGAAGAACCUCAGUAAAUGGACCGGCCUCGUCAGUGCUUAAAUAUGUUGAUGUAAACAUCUUAAGCCAACAAAGCUGCCUACAAAGAAGAGGAUACCCACCCACCAGGGAAAAUCAGAUAUGUACACUGGACAGAGUUGGGAACGGUGCCUGCAGUGUGAGUUACUUUUACACUUACUUGUAUCUUAAAUUAUGCAUAACGCAUUUCACGAGCACUUAGAUAUGCGUAUAGUUUUCACUA